AUUGAUGAGCGAAUCCCAAAGUUGGAGCUCAGAGAUUUCUCGUGCCGAACAUCCAGGGCGUAGUAUAAAAGAGGGGAAUCUCACCGGGCUGUGCUCGGGCUCGACUGGAUUAGAAUCCAACCUAGAUCUCCUGUAUAGAGACAGAUUGCAAAAUGGCGACCGCGUCUGCACCAACCGCUCUGAGGGGCGCCGUGGGAGCGUACAAGGACAUCCAAACCGUGAGUUUCUCCAAGGAAAACGAAUUGAAGGGCACGGACAGGUUUGCUGCGGCGAGCUUCCCAAACUAUCUCCCCACCUGGGAUAACGAGAAAGGUGAAAUAUACGCGCCUCUUGAGCCAUUCGAGCAUUACGAGCACGGAAAAGAUGCCGACCCUUCGUUCAAGAACCUUCUGAAGGCCGGCAGCCAGAUCGAAAACAUCACGGCGUCGAUCGGGGCCGAGGUGCACGGUGUCCAACUGUCUCAACUCGACGACAAGGCGAAGGAUGAACUGGCCCUCCUGGUUGCGCAGAAGAAGGUUGUCGCCUUCCGAGACCAGGACUUUGCUUCCCUGCCUAUCGAAAAGGCCUUGGACUUCGGGCGCUACUUUGGAAGACUGCACAUCCAUCCCACCAGUGGUGCUCCAGAGGGCUUCCCUGAAGUCCACCUUGUCCAUCGUGGUGCGGAUGACAAGUCCUUCCUCGACUUUCUCACCAGCCGGACCAACUCGAUCGCGUGGCACAGUGAUGUGACAUACGAGAACCAACCUCCGGGGACCACAUUCUUGUAUGCCCUCGAUGUUCCCGACGCGGGCGGUGACACUCUGUUCUGCAAUAUGGUCAAGGCGUAUGAGCGGCUCUCUCCAGCUUUCCAGGAACGCCUCGCGGGUCUGCAGGCCGUCCACUCUGGGUAUGAGCAGGCCACUGCCGCCAAAAACCGGGGGAGCAUCUACCGGCGCGCACCUGUCUCUUCCAUCCAUCCGAUUGUGCGGACCCAUCCAGCGACGGGCGAGAAGGCUCUGUACGUCAACCCUCAAUUUACCAGAUACAUUGUCGGAUUCAAACAGGAGGAGAGUGACUAUCUCCUGAAGUUCCUGUAUGACCACAUCGCCCUGAGUCAGGAUAUUCAGUGCCGCGUCAGAUGGAAGCCGAGCACCGUUGUCGUUUGGGACAACCGUGUCACAACGCACUCUGCUCUGAUUGACUGGCAGGAUGGCCAGCGUCGACACAUUGCGCGCAUCACUCCACAAGCAGAGCGCCCGUCUGAAUAGAUACGCCACAGCGGGGCUGCAAAUUGGCAUGGAACGUGCUAGCCCAAGGAUUAGAUAUGUGACAGACCUACCAGUCUUCAGCAUAGCAUUAGACAGUCGUUUUGCAGCAACAAGAAUAAAAUUCAGAAGGUAGUUGGAGAUGUCUGCAAUUUGCAAUGCCACGGCGACUUCUCACUGAGUCUAUCCCGGAAGAGCG